AUGACGACACCGCCCCUGAAGUUCGAUCCCCCGAUAGACCUUGAUACUGUGACAACGCCAUGGAAACAGCCGCGCCAGCAGACAUACAUUCUCACCAACGCCCAGGUCAUUGAUCCCGUUGACGGGAGUGUACGGCAUAACACCACGGUCAGGUUGGAAGGAGGCCUCGUACAAUCUGUCGGGGACGAGAAUGGAAAGACGACUGAUGAUGGAGACAUCCUUCGCAUUGAUCUCGAGGGCAAAUACAUUUUACCCGGCCUCUGGGACUGCCAUGUGCACCUGGCGGCAGUACAAGGCUUUACCAGCUUUGACGAGAUCUUGAAUCUCUCAUCGGACACGGCUCUUCUUCGUCAGCCGGAGAUCGGGCAAGCGAUGCUCGACCGGGGCUUCACCACCGUGCGAGAUUGUGGCGGCGCACUGUUACCCCUGAAAUUGGCAUUCGAGGAAGGCAUCCAUCCUGGACCUCGGCUUUUCAUUGCAGGUCGCCAGCUGUCGCAGUCCGGGGGCUGCGGGGACAAGCGUUCUGCUUUCGAUGAUAGCCAUUGUUGCGGCGGCGCCAAACAACUCUCCUGUCGAACCGUGGACGGCGUGCCGGAGUGUCUGAAGUUCACGCGAGAGGAGCUCCGUCUCGGCUCUGACUUCAUCAAGAUCAUGGCCGGAGGAGGAGUCUCCAGCCCACGCGGCGGUCUCGGUGAUAUCGAAUUCACCGAGGAUGAAAUCAAAGCGAUCACGACUGUGGCUUCAAAUGCCGGAACGUUUGUCACGGCUCACGCAUACACCCCGGCUGUGAUACAACAAGCGGUGAACUGUGGUGUGCUCGGCAUCGAGCAUGGCAACUACCUCGACAAAGGGACCGCGGAGCUCAUGGCUCAGAAAGGGGUCUAUCUGACACCGACCCUGGUGACAUAUGCGGCAGGAUCGAUGCCCGAAUUCGGAGCCUUCGUGAGCCCAGAGUCGAUGGCGAAGCUCAAAAACACUCUCGAAUCCGGGCUCAGGGCCGUCGAACUUGCCAAGGAGGCAGGCGUCACGAUAUGCUUCGGGACCGACCUACUGGGACCCAUGCACUUUGCCCAGACCAAGGAGUUUCAGCUACGGAAAAACGUGCAGUCUACCUUGGAGAUCAUCCAAAGUGCAACAAUCAACGCGGCCCAGAUGAUGCGCCGACAGGACUCUCUUGGAAGAGUGGCGCCGGGCUUCGUGGCGGACUUGUUGAUCUUGAACGCCAACCCGUUGGAGGAUAUCACUGUCCUUGACCGACCUGAAAAACACCUGUUGGCGGUGUUCAAGGAGGGCAGAGUUGUUUCUUCGCGUUGGUCACAGCUGGAGACGAGGAAUCGGCGGCCUGCCAAAAUUAUAUAA